GCGGCCCGGCGGCGCUCCCGGCCCGGCCGCGGGGAUGGAGGCGAAGGAGCUGCAGGAGCGGCUGCGGGAGGCGGCGGCGCUGGGGGACGCCGAGGAGGUGCGGCGGCUGCUGGCGCUCGGCGUCAGCCCCAACGCGCAGAACGAAGUCAACGGGUGGACGUGCCUGCACUGGGCCUGCAAGCGGAACCACGCGGCUGUGGUGGCCCAGCUGCUGCUCGGCGGCGCGGAUAAGGAGAUCCUCAGCAGGAAGGGGGAGCGGCCGGCCCAGCUGACGUCCCGCAGGGAGAUCCGCAGGAUGCUGGGAGUGGAAGAGGACGAACUCCCAGACGUAACAAGCAGUUCGGAGCUGCCCAUCAUCCCUAACUACCUGGCUAACCCACCUUUCCCGUACGUUUAUAACUCCAUGAGCAGCAGCCUCCCAGAGCCCCCAGUCAAUGGCAGCGCGUCCCACGGGGAACGGCAGAGCUCGGCCUCCUCCCUGCUGCCCGCUGCAGAGCUGUGUGUGCGGGCAUCGGCGCGCUGUGAGGACGCGGCUCCCACCGCGGGUGAUGGAGCGCUGCCGGCUGUGCCCGGCGGCUGUGCCGGGCUGCGGUGCUCCGGGGCCGCGGCUCAGAGCGCGCUGUUCCAGGCGUCGUGGGGCAGAGCUCCUCCUUCCCCCGCCGGACCACAGCAGCCCGGAGCUCCGCUGGGGAGCGGCUCCUGCACGGGGCCCGUGCCGACCUUCCAGCCCGUGUUCUUCACAGGAGCUUUUCCGCUUAAUAUGCAAGAACUGGUCCUUAAAGUUAGAAUACAAAACCCUAGUCUUAAAGAAAAUGACUUCAUUGAAAUUGAGCUGGACAGACAAGAGCUGACCUAUAAGGAACUGCUCCGAGUGAGUUGCCGUGAGCUGGGUGUUAACCCUGAACACGUACAGAAGAUCAGAAAAUUACCAAACACAAUUCUAAGAAAGGACAAAGAUGUGGCAAGGCUACAGGAUUUCCAAGAACUGGAACUUGUUCUGACAGUAAGCGACAAACACUUCCCUUUCAGAGCUCCAGCACUUUCCGAACAGAGUGGUUAUAACAAGAAGGCAUCAGAACUGACCUAUUAAUUGUUUAAUGAAUAAGACAAACUAUUUCUAUCUCUCAUUUUAAAACUACAUUUGAAAUACAGUAUCUAUAAGGGCUAAUGAUGUGAAAAAAAUCUAUUUUGUUAACUUUGAAAUAAACUGAAGCUGUUCUGCACUAAAGAUGGCAGCCUCUAGUUAAUGUGAAAGUACUCGGUCUGAUGUGAGAGCAGCUCACGCACGGGAGGUAUUGCUGAGUCCCCAUUCGUGCUCCUUACGGACCAUCAUCCUGCAAUGGGGCGGCUCGCAGGGAGGGGCGUCCCUCCACCUGUGCUACCAGGCGGUGUGCUGCAAUACAGCACAGGUUCUCAUGUUAAAAAACCCUCCACGAAACCCAUUUACUGUCUGACCUGAGUCUGUCACCAUUGCUGCUCGCUUUCCAGAGCAUGUCUGUAGUCAGAUCAAACCAGAAGGGUUCUAAAUCUGUGGAAGAAGCACAAAGAUGUGUUGUUUCAAUACUGUUAAGUGAUGUACUGCCUGUUAUUUCUUAAUACCUCUCUGCACCUUUCCCUAUUUCUCAGGUCAAAAGCGAUGUGAUAAUAAUCACCCAAAUCAUAAAUAUGCUCUUCUCCAAAAUCACAGACCCAUUUUCUCAUUGUCUUGUCAGGGUAUGGCACUGACACGUGCAAUUCAACCUACUGCUUUUGUUAUGUAUUGGAAACACAUCUGUCCAACGCUGCUUUACUUUCCCUUUAAAAGCACAACAGUUGUAAUUCUAUUGUCCUUUUUUGCCUACAUUCCUGACAAAGGCCUCAUCCGGAAACUUUAAGCUUGCCCACGUAAGCAGAGGUCAGUGGAAGGCCCGGCCCGGCCUGAGCUCACACUGAAACCGUGAUGUUGCUCUGCAGCGUGGCUUUCUUCCCCAGCGAGCUGUUCCUACCUUUGUUGGAAGGAAAAACAAAGCCAAAAGAACGCUUUCCUGCUCCGUAGAGAUGAGAAGCAGACUGCCUGGUGCGACGCUCCCUCAGAGGAAUAAAUACAGCGAGGAGUGGUUAAGACAGCAGCGAGCUGCAUUUUGUCUCACUUUUGUGGACGUUACUAUUUUCUUGGUUUUCUGCUUCUGGUGUAGAGUUGUGUUCUGGUAGCACAGCUGCACAAACACGUCCUGCCAAUGGGAUGAAGGAGGUGAAGCAUCAACGUAGCAGGCAAACAACGCACCCAGGCGGACUGCGCCUCCCCUGCCGCUUUGUUCCCUUCUGUCCCCAUUUUCUUUGGAAACUGCAGCAACCGACGGACCCAUCUCUGCACGCGGAGAUCACAGCCCGUGAUCUGUGACACUGUGACCGCACACACCCUGCGGUACGGGGCUGGCAGCAGCGCCGCGUGAGGAGGGAACCACCCAAAGCAGCGGGAGGAGCUGAGGUGCAAAAUGCAUCCCGAACUUCCCCACCACCUCCCCCGCGAGAUGCCUCCCUCGGGCCGCAGUCAGUGGUCCGCCGCCGCCUCUGUGCGAGAUGGGGACAGGAGGAGGCGGAGCUCCCGGCCGUGUCGGACCCUUCCAGCCCUGCAGGACAGCCGCGGGUUCGGUGUGGGCUCUCCACGCGGCAGCUCAGCCCGUGGGGGUACGGAGCGGUUGGAGCUCCUGGAGCAAAGCCCACCCGCAGGGCUGGAGCCCUCCUGCCCACACCUGCGGUCACACGUGGGCGCAUGCAGACAGCAGAUAACCGUGCACUCAGAGAGUAUUUUUACACAUAUGCAGUUUAUACGUAGAAGAUAUUAUUAAUGCUGCUGACCAAAUCUGAUCAGCGUCCAGCCGUGACGUUCUGUGUAUGAUAAGUAAUUCGUUGCUCUGUUAGUUUCAAAUGGACGCUUGGCUGCAGAUUCGUUUCGAUUUCUGAAGUAUCAUUUGUAACGAUUAAUAAACAAUUAUUUUUGUCUUCUCAAA